CGGAUCCUAUCUACCUAGGUACUCUCGACACCUUUUCUCGACGACGCUGUCAUCGUUUACGUCUCAACCUUGACUGUAAGAUACGCGUUUUAAUCGCCGUCAAGACAACUUGCCGUCGACUCGUCAAGGCUUCUUCUGUUUGUUGAACAGUUGGUACUUCAACAACUCGGAUCCUUCGUUUCCAACCCUUGUGAGGUUUUGACUGAGUUACUCUAACUGACAAAGCUAACUACUGGCAAGAUGUCUGAAGCGCAACAACAGAACAUGAACGGCAACAAGUCAUACGCGGCCGUUGUUGGAGGGGCCGUCCCGCCCGCUGUUCCGGUCAACGUAGAGAAGGUGCACAAAUUUUUCCCUAAGCAGGGCAAAGGUAGCUGGAACCGCAAAAAUGGAAAGAACAAGCAGCGUGACCAGCAAUCCCAGCAAGCCCAGCCUUCGCAAGUCCCACACUCUCCGCAGCCCGCUGUUGCUCAACCAUCCCAACCAUCCCAACCUGCCACUUUCCAAAGUCGCUUACUACAACAGAUGCAGGACAUUGCCGACCGCAACGGCGACUCCACCCAGGAAGGGACUCAACAUGCGGAGCAGGUAUUAACUAAUGAGGCACAAAGUAUCUCUAAGCUUACCGGCGAGGUCUCGUUACUCAACGCCACUGUUUUCACCUUGAGGAGCGAUCUUGCUCGUCGUGACGAAGAGCUCGUCAAGGAAAGAGCUAGUCUACACACAAAAGACUUGACGAUCGAGGAGCUCCAAAAGAGAGUUGCUCAGCUCGAACAGUCUGUUCAAGCUUCCUCAACCGUGAACCAAGACGAACUUUUGGCCAAGGAUAAGAUCAUAAUGCAACUCCAGUAUGACAAUGCUGGCCUCAGAGACUCAAUCCAUAGCGGCUUAUUCUCGAUUGCCCAAAUUUACGGACCAGGUAGUGACCAGGCAUUCACUACAUUCGCUACACAGCACGUCACUUCUUCGCAGAGAUCGGCGGACAUCCCUGCAAGUGGUAUCCAGAAGCCUCAGAGUCAUCAACUGAAGCAACAUGCUACUCCACGCACUCCUAAGGCUUCACCGACGGCCGCUAUCAGUCAGGAUACAGAGCUCACUCAACCACAAAACAACCAGAUUGCACCUAACGGAAAGGUAAAGGUUCACAAAGAGAAACGUUCGUCUAAGGAACGACCCAUUGCUAAAGAAGAGCAUCACCCCGUUAAGGUCCAAUCUGGUUCUGAGCAGAGCCGUGUUGCCUUGCCAAAGGUUAGCAAGGCCAAGGUUGUUGUCGCGGACCAACCCGCCACGGAGGAUCCCGACGGAGCACAAGAGGUUGAAGUUUGCCGAGAUGUUCCGGAGCUUGUCUACGCAGAGGAAGGCUGGGUACUUCGAGCUACAAAACCUAGUCCGAAAGCUAAGGGAAAGACCAACGAGCAAGGCACGAAGCGUGGUAAGGGCACCGCAUCGAAGAGACCUAAUGCUAAGAACAAGGUCUUCAAGGAGAAGGGUACCCCGAAGAAGAAAUAUGGUGGUCUGGUAAUCGGUUCGAACUCAGACUUCUCGCGAGCUACCAACGGUAAUGAUCAGGACGGUUCCGUUACACACGAAACUUCACCCGAUAGUACCCGCUCGCAGAAGACACCGGCUAGUUCCCCCGACGAGACCGGAACCAACAGCCGUACGGUAUCAACCGGUAGCUCUAACAAGUCGCAAGCCGACUUACCUAAGACAUCCAAGGGAGCUCCCAUGAAUGGCAAGCUCAAGAACUGGGCGGACGAUGUGGAGGAAUCCUUCAAUUAAGUGGACCCCAGUAGGACAGGAGUUAUUUUGAGAAGGGGCAUUUACAGGGAUAUGCGUCGAAGUUUGGUCUGAGCCGGGAUAAGGAUACCAAUCUGGCUACCAGGUGAUUAUGGCUACAUAAAGAAUCGUAUAGGUAAUGGCUGGUGGCUAUACGAUGAUACUUACUGUGAAUGAAUGCGUUAUAUGAUGAGGUGCGAUACUUUCAAGGUGGUCUUUCGCGGUGACUUGAGUGCAGCGGCUAUUAUUUGAGCAUAGCCGAGGUGUACCAUGCUGUCUUGAAGAGUUGGUUAUCAAGUGUUUGCUGACAAUGAUUACUUGCCAAUGAAGGAGUCAUCCGGCAUUUCUAUCGGCUACUUUUAUUCGUUUGGGGGGUUAUAUCCGCCGUCGAGUCAUUUUUCCCUUUUUGAGAUCCAUCGCCCGCCCCUUUCAAAGCGCGG